UUCGGGCUCUCACUUCCAUUUCAAAACCCUAUCACACUCGAGCAGCAGCCAAAGGUAAAAACUUGAAAGAGAACUUGAAAGAGACAAUUUCAAGGUCGAUCGAGAGAGAGAGAGAGAGAAAUGCAGAGCCUACAGGCAUCGUCUUUAUUGAGGCGAUCUCGCCAAACGCUCGGCCUUCUCUCUCACCACUGGAGCUUCUCGGCCGCUCCGAUCGCCGACCAAGACGAUGAUCUCCAGAACCAAGUUCUGGUUGAAGGCAAAGCCAGCGCCCGUGCCACGAUCCUCAACAGACCAUCUUCCCUCAACGCUCUCACGACCAACAUGGCGAUUCGCCUGAAGAAGUUGUACGAGUCAUGGGAGGACAACUCCGACAUUGGGUUUGUUAUGAUGAAGGGCAGUGGCAGAGCGUUCUGUGCAGGUGGAGAUGUGGUCGGUCUCUACCAUUUGAUCAAUCAAGGAAAAUUGAAGGAGUGCAAGGAUUUCUUUAAGGAAGUGUACUCGUUUAUUUACAUUUUGGGCACAUACUUGAAGCCACAUGUGGCUAUUCUAGAUGGAAUUACCAUGGGGGGAGGUGCAGGAGUUUCGAUUCCUGGGACAUUCCGCAUUGCGACCGACAAAACUAUUUUCUCCACUCCAGAAGUUCAUAUUGGCUUCCAUCCUGAUGCUGCAGCUUCCUUUUACCUUUCACAUUUAACUGGUCAUGUAGGUGAAUACUUAGCUCUAACGGGUGAAAGGCUUGAUGGAGUGGACAUGCUGGCAAUCGGCCUUGCUACACAUUAUUCAAUGAGUGCUAGACUUAGUUGGAUAGAUGAACGGCUUGCCAAGUUGGUUACUGAUGAUCCUUCAGUCAUAGACUCUUCUCUUGCACAAUAUGGUGAUAUUGUUUAUCCAGACAAAAAGAGCAUCGUUCAUAGGCUAGAGGUAAUUGAUAAAUGUUUUGGCCGGGAAACAGUUGAGGAAAUUAUUGACGCUCUGGAAGAAGAGGCAGCUAAGUCAAAUGAAGACUGGUGUAAUUCUGCACUGAAGAAACUCAAAGAGGCUUCUCCAUUGAGUUUAAAGGUUUCCCUAAGAUCUAUAAGAGAAGGUAGAUAUCAGACACUUGAUGAAUGCCUUGUUCGUGAGUACCGAAUGACACUACAUGGAAUUUCAAAAGAGGCCUCACCCGACUUCUGUGAGGGUGUUCGGGCAAGAUUAGUUGAGAAGGACCUGGCUCCAAAGUGGGAUCCUCCAACUUUGAAGCAUGUAUCAGAUGAUAUGGUUGAGCAUUAUUUCUCGCCUCUGGGUGAGGAUGACCCUGAACUCAAGUUGCCCACUCAUUUGCGGGAGGCUUUCGUCUGAUUGGAGAUCCAGCUUAUACCCUCAAGCUCUCAAAUAAGUUUCUUUUCCUGUUAUUUUCAAUUAUUAUUUUCAUUGUAUCAUAUACACUGCUGUUCAUCAAUGCAUGACCUGUCUUAUGUUUGUACUGGAUCUGAGACUUUUUAGACUUUUUUCCUGGCCAACUUACUUUGAUUGCCAGCUCUGUACCACAUCCAAUGGUGCAAUCGGCUGCAACUCUUAAAAUUCUUAUGUUUUUUUCUCUUUAGUCGGAAAUAUGAGUCAUCUAUCUCCUAGCUAUUUUUGUUAGUAUCAAAUAUUAUUGUAAUCUUCCAUUCAACAACCUGUAACUGCGCCAAUGUAUUUUUUAAUAUUUCUUUGGCAUAACAUGUACCUGCACUAGUUCUGCAAGUAAACCUAAGCUAGUUUUUAA